AUACUAAGACGUUUCUAAGAAUCAGUCGAGACGUACGAUGAAUAAUAAUUAUCAGAAAAAUACACGGAACAGUCUAAAAUAUUGUCGACUGCUUCUGAAGGUAAUCGGUGUCUGGCCGUUGAUAAACGGCUACCACGGCGUAAUCGAGAGAAUCGUCUCGAUGAUACUGAUAGCAGCGUGUCUAGGCAGUUUGUUGUUUGCGCUGCUCCCGACAACGUACUACUGCUUUUUCUACGUGAAACAGAUCGACGAGCGGAUCACGAUUUUUGCGCCUAUCUGUUACUGCAGUUCGUGCAUAAUGAAGCUCUAUUAUCUCUGUUCGAAAUCAACCGCGUUGAAGGAUUGCAUCGAACAGAUGGAGGAGGAUUGGAAAUCGAUAGAAACCGUGGAACACCAGACUAUCAUGCUCGAAAAAUUAGCUAUCGCUAAUAAAUCGACCCUCGCGUUUACGAUUCUCUUGUACAUCAACGGCAUAUGCUACGUCACCGUUUUACCCUUGUUUUCGUCCCCGUGGUCUGUGGCCACUAAUGCCACUGAAGAUGUGAAACCAUUGCUUUUCCCCGGGUUAGACUUGUUUAUUGAUGACAUUUACUCGGCACCUAUCUACCAAAUGAUAUACAGCGCGCACUGCGCUUACGCGUGUCUCUCUGUAGGCGUAGAGACAGCCUUGUGCGGUAUAAUGGCAACCUUCGUCGGUCAUGCUCGCGGAAUGCUUCAGAUUCAAAUGGCACUGUUGGAAGAUAUGGUUGUAGAUGCGAAGAAUAACAAGGAGAAAAGUCUCUUACCUCUUAUCGUCAGUAAUCACGUUGGGAUAUUAACAUACGCGAAACGCGUCGCGUAUGCGAUGCAAGAGAUAUGUUUUUUGGAAGUAACGACCACGACUCUUCUUAUAUGCACUAUGGAAUAUCUUUCCAUUAUGGCGUGGAGAGACGUUGAUUUGAUAGCGCUCGGAACAUACGUUGGCUCGUGGAUUUCGAUGACUCUGAAUAUGUUCAUAAUUUGUUACGCGGGCGAUCUUCUUGUCGAAGAGGGCGAAAAAUUUGGUGAAGCGACUUACAAUAUAGAAUGGUACAACCUACCAGAAAAGAAGGCCCAGGACUUAAUAAUUCUGAUUGGUAUAUCGAGAUAUCCGCCGAAGCUUACGGGUGGGAAGAUAUUCGAAAUAUCAAUAGACACAUUCAGCUCU